CUCCCGGCCCGGGCGAGGCGUGGUGGGGCGGACCGGGGCGGGGCGAGCCGUCGGGGCACCCGGGGCGUGCGCGCACUCCAGAAAGGAAGCCGAGGGCGCCGGAGCUGCGUUCGCGCGCUGCAAACUCACGGACGGGGACUUCGCGCCCGGCGCGCGGCGGCGGCUGCCCGGCUGCCGAUCGCACACCCGGGAGCAAGAGGUGAGAGGGGAGCUGCCCAGCGCGGCCAGCGCCAUGGAUCCCAAGGUUUGCAGUGGUCCAGGCCCCGGAGAUGAACACAUCACCAAUUUGCUGCUGUUAGGCUUCCUGCAGAGCUGUGCCAGCCAGAGUUUGCAUGAUGAGCUGCAGGUGCUGAGCAGGGAGCUGCUUACGCCAGUCGCAAUAGCCGCCGAUGGCUACGAUGAUGAGCUGCAGACAGAUGGCAACCGCGCCAGCCACUUCCACGGCGGGAGAGCAGGGGCAGAUUCUGAGAGCCAAGAAGAGAUCAUCAGGAAUCUCGCCAGGCGGCUCGCCCAAAUCGGAGACAGGAUGGACCAGCACAUCCAGCCAGGCCUUGUGAACAACCUGGUCGCCGAGUUCAGGAAUGGGCGGUCGGAGGAGGACAGAAGGAAGCAGCUGGCCUCGGCGGUGGGGCAGGCGAUGAAGUCGUGGCCAGCAGACAUGGAAAAAGAGAAGGCCAUGCUGAUGCUGACCAUGCUGCUGGCUAAGAAGGUGGCCGAGCACGCACCGUCUUUGCUGCGUACCAUCUUUCAUACGGCGGUGACCUUGAUUAACCAAGACCUGCUCGCCUACGUGAGGAACCUAGCUGGCAAUGGCUUGGAGUGAACGGAUGACCACAGCAGCGAGGCUGUUGACGGCCUCAAUUCGGACAGCAGGAUGGCUUCCCCUGGGCAGGAGCACGGUCCUGCCACCAGCCAGUUACCUCCAGAACCCUGCACCUGGGUUGUAGCUAUUUAUUUCAUAGUAUUUUCAAGAUGGUGAUUUAAGCUGGUGCCCUGUUGGAGACAAUUUCUACAUGAAUAUACUUGAAUGAGAAUGUCAA